GAGCAUUCACAGAUCAACACGUCUGUAUUUGGAGGUACAGUACUAGGAGAAACCGAUUUCCUCAAUGGAAGCAGGCUACCAUUAUAUUAGAUACGCUGUGUACGUUCAAAGAGGACAUGCGUUUUUUAAAUGUCAUUUAGAAGAUUUUUGCUCGGUGCCAUCUUCUGUUGUUUCUAUUUGCUUUUUUAUCUUACAAACAAGUAUGUCCUGUCUGUCUUGAAAUUCACGUACCCCACCCUGUUUCAGGGGUGGCAAACAUUAGUGGGAGGAUUGCUACUAGCUCUCUCUGGGAAGCUGGGAUGGGUGGAGGUCCACAGCAUUUCUAGGUCUGCAGCUCUUUCUUGGCUGCCUGGUUCUGUCCUCUUUGUAGGUAAUAUCUAUGCAGGCUCCAGGGCAUUAUCCAGACUGCCAAUUCCUAUCUUUUUCACACUUUAUAAUGCAUCUGAGGUGGUUACAUGCUUUAUCCAGAAGCUGACACAGAGAGAGGCCACAUCUUGGAUGAAACUACUAAGUGUAAUGCUUCUGCUAACAUCAGCUGGGUGCCUGCCACUGUAUGACCCACAGUUUGAUCCAAGUGGUUAUUUUUGGGCUGUGAUCCACUUUUUAUGUGUAGGGGGAUACAAAGUGUUUAAGUGUUCAAAAUCCAGUUUGCUAAGUGACCUUGAACAGCAAUACAUCAACUAUGUUUUCAGUGUUUUGCUGUUAGCUUUUUCUGCCCAUCCCACAGGUGAUCUGUUUGGUGCCUUGGAGUUCCCAUAUCUUCACUCUUACAAGUUUCACAGUGGCUGUUGUGCAAGUGGUGUUCUGGGAUUCUUUGUCCUGUUAGCCACGGUGAGACUGAAGAGCAAUCUGCCUGUUGAGCACUGUGCAGCCUGGGUUUUCUUGGCGAAGCCUGCUGCUCAGCUGCUUUGGAGAAGCCCUGCUUGUUUACUCGAAAUGAAGUCCUGCAGAGAGAUGAAAGAGGGCACACACAGAAGACCAAAGCCAACUUUUCCGUUCAGAUAUUUAGCAAAUUUAAUGCUAAGAAUGGCAAAGGCUAGUGGGGAUUUUAUAUACCUGAACUAGUGUGUGAUUUUCCUUUGGGCACAAGAUAAGGGGACUGUGCACUGUGAUCAGAGAGGAACUGUUAAAUAUAUAUUAUAUUAUGGUUUAUUGUAAAAAUUAUAAUUUUGUUUCCUGACAGACCUCUGUGUGAAACCUGCCUAAUCUUACCUUCUCACACAGAAUGCAUUUAGAGGCCAGACACCGGAAGUGCUUCCUCACUGCUAGUUGCCCUGAUCUUUAAUAAGCUUUCGUGGGUAAACAGGAGAGAGGGAGUGGGUUACGUUAACACAAACAAUGAAGGGAACUGAAGAAGGGGCCUAACUGUUUAGCAGUUUGUGUGAUUGCUUAUUUGGAAUAUUUUCAGCCUUUUUUCCCUUUUGUUUUCUCAAAUUCUUAUUAUGAUAAACAUCUUGUCUCUACAGUAGCUUCAUGCAAACCAGAGAAAACAAAAGAUAAGAAAAAAAAAUUAUAAUCACAAUAAAAAACACCGGGACACAAAAGGCCAUGUUGUAGUUUAACCCAUGUACCCGUGUUCAGCUUAGCAUUCAAAUGGAGGGGACUGCUAUGAACUUCACACCUUGAGGAAUGCUUGCUCACAAAAAGGCAGACUUUUUUUUUUCUCUCCUGUCCAUCCAUGUUAGUAAAUGUUAGUUUGUAGCUCCUUACCAUGCUGAAUUCAACCCACCGCCUCCUUUUAUCUUCAGAACAGGGAGCAAUAUCUUACUGCAGUAGUGUUCUAUUAAAUUAGUAUUUCUGUACAAGUAAGAGUUUGUGUAAUAACUCAUACUUGCACUAGUGCAUUUUCAACUUGAGGUUGUCCAGCAGUCUGAAACCAAAAAAUGUAAACAUUUCAAAACUUCAGGAGUUGCACUAGUGUAAAUAUAGUCAUAAGAAGUCAUUGUAUUAAGAAUACUGUAUUAUGUUAACAAGGUAAUAUUUUCUCAUAUACUGUAUAAACCAAAGUCAUUGUUUUCUAAAAAAAAAACAAAAAAAACUUUUUUUUACACUUUCUUUCAUGUGCAGACAAAAUAACAUGUCUACAAAACGUUAGAUUUGAUCAAAACUGACUUUGUAAUUCCAGGUCAAAUAAAAAAAAAUAUAUUUCUAGCAAGAAUUUCUCCCUUGUAAUUCUGUGCUGUGUUUUGUUUACCUCAUUGCAAUACCAACUAUCCUUAAUGCACAAUAAUUGUUUGAUCAUGUAGAAGACUCUGCACCCAGUUUAAUUAACUUUAAGAAAUUGAAGAGAAAUGAAAAAUGGCUUAACCCUUUUUAACCUAGCUUCUGUAAAAGUUCACUGAAUUGAGCCCUCUGUCUUGAACACCACUAUAUAAAUAUACUGCAAUGCCCUCUGUCUGGCAAUAGGUUCAAGUUCAACGUUUUCUAGUAGGCAAGCAAGAAUGAAGACAAAUCACAUUUGUUUUGUUCUAAUUAAUCUCCAUAAUGUUUUUUAAAGUUUCCGAUUAAAAAAAAAAAAUAGUAAAAUGGUGUCGUCGUCCCCCUCCCCCAAGAAAAAGGUCCUCCCACUGUGCAGAAUAUACUGUACACUGCAUUAACGUUAUUCUAGUAAGUUAUUUACAUGCCAUCGACAGGGUUAAUGUUGUUGUGUGGCAAGCCUUUUAUGCCUCAAGAUACAUGUAAAAAUGGAAGUGCGGAAUACAGACGGACAGAACUACAGAGACCUCCAUAUAUAUCCCGAAAAUAUAAUAGUGUCAAUAACUUUAAUCCAGUGUCAUCCCCAUUGAAUAGGCAGUUAUCCACAUAUAGGGAAUAAUGUAAUGUGUGACAUAUCUACUGAACUGGCAGACAGACGACCGCCUCCACUUUCAUUCCCAGCGGGUGAUAAUAAUACCUAUAUAUCAAGGUUCAGUUCUACUUAAUUACUGACUCUGUAGUUUCAGGUGGAUUUCUAGUGCAGUCUACACAAAUAAAUUAGUUGAGGUAACAGAACAAUAAGACUGGCUUUGAACUGUGGUCUCUGUAGCUGUUGUUUUUCUUCUUGUAUUUAAUGAGAAAGAAAACCACCAAUGCAGACUAUUGGAAAGCUGAGACUAGUUUUUGGAUUAAAGUUGUGGGUAUUACUGUUGUUGUUUUGUUUUUUUUUUUAACUAAAUUUCACUUUAUAACGGAAAAUUGAGAAAUGCUGUUGUCUCUUUGGUCACUACAUGUAUGUGCCAUGUUAAGUUCUCUAUCUAUGCUAUACUUAAUAAUGCAUAUAUGUUUAUUUAUUUUGUCUCAAUUUCUCGUACCCCAUAGAGUUUGCAUAAACAGUUACAUUAAAACACUGUGCCCACAGGAUAUAAUGUGUUUUGGAGCUGCUCAACCACUGGCUCCAGACACGCACAAUGCAGACAAGCAGCGUGGGAGCUUUCCCUCAAAGCACUGCAAGCGCAUCUGAGCCCUGACCUGAUCAGCCUGUCAGUCCUGGGCCUCCAGAGGUGAAAGCCAUGAAAGGCUUGUGAAGCAGCUCUAAUCACGUUGAUCUUUUUUUUUUUU